GCGCAGUCAACUUGACACUUUUCACCAACUUUCCUCCAAAUCUCCCGGAGAUAUGGAGACGAAGACGCGAGGUCUAGGCCAGGGUGAUGGCGGGAAGGAGAGAUCGUCUGUCCGUCAGGAGCGUCCUGGCAUCUGGAGCGUCAUGGCGUCCUGGUUGGCUGAACCAGUCGGUGUGGAAGUGGAUCACACCGAGAGUCAUGCAACCGCUUCCCAGAUUGCUGAGACCACUGGGCGUACCGAUGAUCGCCGUGACUCUGUGGCGACGCCCCGAGAGGCGACUGUUGCCCAUCAGGGGGAAGGCGACGUGAAAGGCACGGCCGGUCACAGCCGCAGUCGGGCUAUCCGUCGAGCCGCUCGCUCUUCCCGCAGAGCCAAGCGGCCAGCUUCUGAGAAGACGACAGCCGAUGCAUCGAAGGUCCGUCGAAAGCGACAGAAGAGGAAAGCUGACGAGAUCGAAGGCGACUCCCGACCCCAGCCGAAGAGAAAGGCACCAGCGGGUCCACCACCAGGUACGUACCGCGAUCCCCGCCUGUCUAGAGUGGCGCUCAUCUACCGAGACGUGGUCGCAGGAGAGACGGUCCUGGUCAACUACAUCCCCGACGAUCCCUGCCCGUGGGAGUCGCCCGACGGCGAAGAGCUGUCGGCCUGCCAGGAGGGCGCAACCCCCAGCGACGUCACCUUCUGCAGCUCGUACCGCCAGUACCAGGACUUUCACACCAGGAGGCUGCUUUCUGAGGUAGCCAGCAAACUCACGAUGUGGCUGGACAACCAGGAGAGGGAGUGAGGUCCAUCCGAAACAAGUUGGGACUUUUAAAGAAUGUCCAGAAAAUCAUAUACAUUAGGCCAAUAAGGUCUUUUAACAAUUACUAUAUUUUUAUAUAGAAGUCUGUAAGUAUAUCUAUUUUCAUACGUCAAUGAGAAAAGAAAAGCAUCCUCAUGGUUCACAAAUGUUAUGCCACUAUAUGGGCAGGAACCAUUCAGAGGGAAAAAGAAUAAUCCAUGAAUUCCGAACAGGUUGAAUUUUUAUCCAAA